GUGGAAAUCAGUAUUCAAAAGAAAAGCGUACCCGAAUGAGCGAGAGGUCCUCGACAACAACAUCAUUAAUACUUCAAGCGUUGAAGAUCAGUCGACUGCUGAAAGUACAUGUGAAACUUCAGUGUCAGCAUCAGCACGGAAAAUUAAUUUGGGUAACAAAGAGAUGCCCGAGUUAAACAAAAGUGAAGUAAGUGGCUACCGAUUUAUAAAUCUUGCGAUUUUGGGAACUAUAUUUAAACUAUAACCCUGCAAGGAUUGCAAUGAAUGUCAGUUGAUGCUCAUUGAAGAUGAUCUCAGUGAAUGGGAUGUGCAUCAUGUCUUUCAGUUUGGUGUAGCUCGUGUGGAUGUUCUGAAGUUUUUUAUACCUCUGAAAAGCUUGGUCAUUGCUUUGAAAUCAACAGAAGAAUGACCUAUGCCAUGAGGUUGCUUGGUUGUGGGUUAUCAGCAAUGGAGAGGUUUGUUCGACCAUGAACAUGCCACCGCCAGUUAACCCUAAAGCUUUUGACUACCAUAACAAAGCUAUAUUACAUGCUGUAAAAGAUGUUGCAGAAGAAACCAUGAAUGAUGCAGUCCAAGAAAUCCACAAUUUGAACAGUGCAGAAGUUGAUGAAGACUGA